CUUUACAAUACAGCAAGAUGUUCAAGAUUCUGCUCCUCGCCGCCCUCUUCGCUUACGCCUGCGCCGAUAAUAUCGACAAAGACGCUCAAGUGCUGAGCUUCAAGAACGAUGUCGCCGAUCCCGAGGGUAACUACGCGUACGCCUUUGAAACGAGCAACGGAAUCCAACAGCAAGAGGCCGGCAAUCCUGUGGGCGUAGCUGGCCAAUAUGAGUAUGUGUCACCCGAAGGCGAAAGGGUAUCCAUCAGUUAUACAGCCGAUGAAAAUGGUUUCCAACCUACCGGUUCACAUAUUCCCACACCACCACCAAUUCCAGAAGCCAUAGUGCGCGCUUUGGAGUACAUUGCAGCGCAUCCCUCUGCCGCAUAAAACGUAAGACAGUAGAUGGAAAGUAUGUAGAAGAUUUGCAGUUGAAAAAGGGCUGUGCUGCAAAUAGUGGGAAGUGAUGUUUAGCAUAAUAUAGAGAGGCCAUGUUGGAAGCUAAUGAAUUGCAUUGAUGAAUUAUUUAAUAAAUAUAUAAAUAAUAAAUAAUAGUUACCUAGUCAAUCUAGUUUUCUAAAAGGCAAUGGGAUGCAUUUUCCAAGCUCUUCUUGCUACACUACUAUAGUACAUAGCGUUGCAUACAUGCAUGCAACAUAUAUCUAUGAGUACAUAUGUAUAUAUUGUAUAU